UGCGUGUAAUCAUUUGGGAAUAACAUGUUUUUCUAUAAGUUAACUUUUAUCGCCGCCAUCCAUUUCACCUGAUUUUGUGAUUAUUUCUCGAAAAUUCCCAGCUUACACAGCUUCACGGGGACUAGGAUGUCACAAGGAAUAUAGUUCUGCUGCCACUGACCUGAGUCAAGACUUCUGAAAUGUCGACGACUUCAACCAACUUAAAACAAACAAGGAAAAACCAAAGCGGACCUCGCCAUCUUGACGGUAUUCCGAUGGAUACAUACGAUGAAGUUCAUCCCAAUGUCAUUUCAUGAAAGUUGUUUGCCUUUGAUAGGCCUACUCAUAGUUUCUUUUUCUGAUACCAAGGUCAACAGUGAUUGUGUGGUGCCAAAAGGCAAGCCUUCGGUUAUCUGUCUUGGCACCGACGAAGACACCCUGACGAGUUGGGAUCUUAGAGCUCAUGUAGGCGACACCAUAUUCGGCAAGUGCAUCGUGUCGAAGGAUUGCAACGUUGAGAAUGUCUACGUCGCAGUUGAUCCAAAGUCUUGUUCUGGCCAGCAGCGCAGUCGGUCAAUCCGUGAACCAAAUGGAAACGUAAAGAAGGUUGAUGAACAUAGCGUUACCUUUACCUUGCCAAAUGUGUCCAAAGACGAUGAAGGUUUCUAUCAAUGUAGAUGUAGCCAUUUGGAGAGACCCCUGGAUAAUAUUUACCUUUAUACGGGAAGAACUCCACUGAAGCCGUAUGUAUCACCCGAAAACCUCAUGAUCGCAAACUGGCAGAGUGUUAGCAUGAAGCUUUCACCCUCCUAUCAUCAGCAAAUGUCACACAUAGGAAAAUGCCAAAUUUUCAAUUUGACGUGGACCAUCAAGUAUUCUUUAAGCCGCCGAAACACCCCUUUUCUCCAUUGUGGCAGCAAGCAUUCAAUGUCGUGUAGUUUUACACUGAACGACUUCCAACCAAACAUGACGCUUUACCUGGAAGUGACCCUGAAAACUGUGAUGGACACAAUUGUCACAAACCUGGACAUUGACUCGUUGGAUGACAGGGUGAAACCAGCAAGACCUUCGAAUCUUCAUAUAAGCAAUGAAUCUAGUACAUCUCUUGAUAUAUCAUGGGAUUCGCCCAAUAGACACUUCGCCAUCCUCUACAUGAUUAGUUUGACUGCCUCCAAUGUCAAACACAAGCUUCUACGAAAUGUCACCAACAUAACCCAAGUGAAGAUAUCGGGGCUGAUACCCCACGGACUCUACAACAUUUCCUUAUCAGCGAAACCUCCGAGUUAUGGUCUAGUGAGUAACGAGGUAUACACUCUCCACGAGAUGAAAGCUGACGUCCCCGGGCGGGACCCGGUGCUCAUUCCUGGUGGCUUUGAUGCGACAGUGUGCGGCGGGAACUGCAAGAAUGUCACCAUCUACUGGAAGCCGAUCCCAGAGCAAUUUUGCAAUGGCGCUAUUAACUACAUCGUUGUGUUGAAUGGUCAUCAUCAAACAGUCGACGACAAUCGCAGUCACCACAUAGUAACAAACUUGGCCAGGGAUUCACCAAGCACGGUCCACCUCUUUGCAACAAAUAAAGAUGAGAAGAUUGGGCGAAACCACUCUUUGCCUGGGAAAAUGAUCGACAUACCAGCUGAUGGUAAAGUUCCACUGGUUUUAUCUGUCACAUACAAAGAAAUGAACGAAACGCAUAGGCUGAUGACGUGGGUUCUCAAUGACGAUGACGUGUCGGUUUCUGUUGUUCAGUGCAGGGAAAUGGAAGAGGGAGGUUGCGAAGAGAAGGCCCCACCAAGCUCCACUCUAAUUGAGCCAGGCAAGACAUCUGCAGUGACUUCAGCAGGGUUUCGAACAGGGAUUGGAAUCACUGAGGACGGCAAGGAGAUGGGCAUCUUUUGGAGUGAGGAAGCAGCUCCAGGGAGAGCGAACAUGUCCAAGAUGAACGAAACUCAUCUCAUCAUAAUCGGAUCAGUCGCAUCGGUCAUCCUUAUCGCCCUGGCUGUUUGGGGGACGAUAUAUUGGAAGCGUAGUAAAAGACCUAUUAAAAUGAAGCCACCAAAGAACACAUCUUCAAUUGGAUGGGUGCAUUCUAACGACUCGGAAGAGUUUAUAGGCACCGAAAAAGCUGUAGCACGGACUUUGGAACAAAUAGACUGUUUGGCGACCCCACCCUAUGACCCUGUGGUGAUCAAUGAUGAUGAUAUCUGCAGCAAUAGCACGGACUCGGAUGAGCUCAACGACAGCUACAAUCACGGCGCCUGCGGAAAUUGUCCUUUCCUCGGGGCAUCGGACCACGUUGGAAGAGAUGUUUUAGAGAGGCAGCCUGGCGACAAAGAGGAAGUGUUCGUCGCCAAUCGCGGGAAUGUCGCUACUUCUCCGAGCUUAGAAAUGGAAGACGACGAUUACAGUAAGGCAGCCUUUCCUGCGGACACUUGCAAGUGUGUGCGACUAGCUGGCGAGGGCCCGGGUAGGUGCGAAGGUACCGGGUACGAGGAGAUUGAGCUUGAGAACAUGCGGGGGGCCAAGAGGGUGGGAAAAGGCGAUCGCGACCCAUAUUCAUCAGAAACCUGCAAUAUGAACAAUGCGUGUAUAAAUUCUUUGUACGGCAACCAAGCAAUACCCCGUGGACUCAGUGGCCCACCUAUCAUAUCCAAAACAGCAACAGUUAAAACUUCCAAAUAUACGCCUACACCUAACUAUGCGAAAGUGUCAUUUGCCACAGAGGAAAUGACCACACAAAAGAAACAGACAAAAGAUAAGUUCAUUUUGAGGGGCGAAUAGAAGGCCCGCAUUUAUCAUUUUUAUCCGGCCGAGUAUACCCUUCCAACACUAUAAUGGUAGGGCCUUGUUCUAUUGUGGUAAACCAAUACUUUUAUCACCGUGAUGUAAUUUGGCAGAAGUUCCUCUGUAUUGAAUGCGAUACAAGAAGCAUGUGAAAUGAAUGAGGCCAACAGUUACGGCCCCAGCGACGAGCAAAUUAAUAGCUUUUGGCAGAGGUGAGGAAAGACUGAAUAUUCUGGAGAUGGCAUGAUUCUCGAGUUGGCACGGUAUAGAUGUCAAUGAUAUCGUCGGCCAACCGAGUCCGAGAACGUUAUAUCCGUAGCAGAAUCCACUGAAUACUCUGCUUCGAUGUGGCUGUAACACCUAUUCUUAGAACAAGAGCUGAUGGACACAUUAAACUAACGAUAUGUUACAUUGCCAUGGACUGUUAAUUUUCAUUGCCCGUUUUAAAAUAAGUAAUGUCGGCUUUCUAUGAACUAUUUCGAUGCGGACUAUAUGAAUUCAUUGUAUACUUGUCUUUUCAAAUAAACAGACUGAGUCGGAAAUUUCGAUGCAAUUGAUGUACGUGCAGAAUGUAGUUUACAUUUUCUUCAACAUGUUGUUAACAUAUUCGACGUCAAAUACACGUUAUCAAUUCCUUGCGGUUACACUUGAA